AUGACUGUGCCCCUAGACGACUGUGCCCUAGACGACUGUGCCCUGGACGACUGUGCCCCUAGACGACUGUGCCCCAGACGACUGUGCCCCUGGACGACUGUUCCCCUAGACGACUGUGCCCCUGACGACUGUGCCCUAGACGACUGUGCCCUAGACGACUGUGCCCCUGACGGACUGUUCCCCCUAGACGACUGUGCCCUAGACGACUGCGCCCCUAGACGACUGUGCCCCAAGACGACUACGACUGUGCCCCUAGACGACUGUGCCCCUAGACGCUGUGCCCUAGCGACUGUGUCCCUAGAUGACUGUCCCCUAGACGACUGUGCCCGAGACGGACUACGACUGUGCCUAGACGACUGUGCCCCUAGCGACUGUGCCCUGAGCACUGUGCCCUACGACUGUGCCAGACGACUGUGCCCUAGACGACUGUCCCUAGACGACUGUGCCCAGAGACUGUGCCCUGACGACUACGACUGUGCCCCUAGACGACUGGUCCCUGGACUGAUGCCCCUAGACGACUGUGCCCUAGACGACUGUGCCCCUAGACGACUGUGUCCUAGACGGAGUGCCCUAGCACUGUGCCCUAGACGACUGUUGCCCCUAGACGACUGUGUCCCUAGACGACUGUGCCCCUAG